CCUGUGUGGGAGAGAUAAAACGCAAAACACGAGUAGUUUUCGCUUGGGGAGGCUGACAAUAUCUCCCCUGCACCAUCUGGAGAGGAUACCAGGGCUGCUGCCACUUGGCCGUUCAGUGGGUAGAUGUUGUUGUGAACAGCUCGCCCCUCCCUGUGUCGACAGAAGGUUUGUUGAGAAAUCUUGCAGGCGGAGGUGAAAGGGAAGUGGGAGAGUGGUGUUGUGAUGUGCUGUGAUGUGGUGUAUCGUGUGGAGGUGGUGUUGGUGAUCUUCACAUCGGAAUCACAAGCAAGUUGCUUCUGUAAGAGGCGCUGAGAAGGUCAGGCUAUUCGUCUCAUCUUCCUACAAUUUGUAGUUUUGCUGUGUGGAGGCAUGUAGGUGGGCGUGUACAGGCUUGUAUGUACUUCAGCGGGACACUUAGAGAAAUGUGUAGAAAUGACAGGUGGGCGAGAAUGUGGCGGCGGUUUGUAGUUUCUGUACACAAGGAAUGGGAGGAUGUCUGUGUCGUCGUGGACACAAACAGAACGAUGACAUGCACAGGUGUUUGUGGAAAGCUGAUUUUGUUGUACCUGGCGGCGACAUGCAAGGUUCAGGGAUUUGAAAAUGUGGCGCUCGGCAAGACCUGCUCCCAAAGUACCUUCUCCUCCUUCGACAUGCGCAGACCGUGCAACGCUGUCAACAACAACACGGAUGGCACCCGAACCGACGACAACUGCAUCCGCACCAGCAUCAGCGACGACAACAGUUGGUGGGAGGUGGACUUGGGGCGAGUGUAUCCGGUACUGAAUAUUACCCUUUUCGGUCGAACUGGCUAUGAGAAACAUCUCGAAGGAACGGUUAUUACGGUGGACGGGCAACAGUGCACCAGAAUCCCGGAAGUGACGUCAAGGGAGCUGCACGUCAGCUGCAGCAAGUCGCUGUACGGCAGGAAAGUCCGGAUCACCAAAGAGUCUCCUGGCAACCUCAUGAUGUGCGAGUUCCAAGUGUGGGCUGCUGCUGAAGUUUGCGGCCCUGGCAUGUACGGAGCUGACUGCCGGGAACAUUGCGGCCGCUGUGUAGACAGUAACACCUGUUAUAUGUACGACGGCAGGUGUGAGACAGGGUGUGCACCAGGAUAUCAACCCCCGCUGUGCAAAGCUUGCAUCACCGGACUGUACGGAGCCAACUGCAGCAGUCCAUGUGGCCACUGUUCUGAGGGAACAUGUCACAGUGUGUCAGGGGAGUGUUUAAGUGGAUGUACAAGAGGAUAUCAGGGCACACACUGUAAAGAAUUUUGCAGUAAUAACACGUUCGGAGUAGACUGCGGGUCAGUGUGUGGUCACUGCAACAACAACAUCACGUGUGACCACAUCAGCGGGCGAUGUCCUGAUGGCUGCAUGUCUGGGUGGAUGGGAGAACUGUGCAGUGAAGGUUGCGAGGUCAAUAAGUACGGAGACGACUGCAGCUCCCCCUGCGGUCAUUGUAAAGACAAUGUCACGUGUCACCAUGUCAGCGGGGAGUGUCCUGGUGGAUGUGAUGCUGGAUGGACUGAAAACAGAUGUAACAAAGUCUGCUCGUUUGGAAAGUACGGACAAAGCUGCAACAAGUCCUGUGGUCACUGUAGAGACAAUGGAACCUGUCAUCAUGUCAGCGGUGACUGUACUACAGGCUGUGCUGCUGGUUGGACUGGAAAACUGUGUGAUAAAGUCUGCCCUACACAAAAGUAUGGAUUAGGUUGUAAAUCAUCUUGUGGUCACUGUCAAAAUAAAAAGACAUGUCAACCUGUCAGUGGGGUUUGUGCUGGCGGCUGUGCUGCAGGAUGGACUGGAAUGUUGUGUGACACAAAAUGCAGUGCUGGAAGAUAUGGAAAAAACUGUAAUUUCUCCUGUGGUCACUGUAAGGACAACGCUACUUGUAGUCGUACCAACGGUCGUUGUCAUGGUGGCUGUGCUGCUGGCUGGACUGGGGACAGGUGUGAGAAAGUUUGCAGUAAUAACAAGUUCGGAGUAGACUGCGGGUCAGUGUGUGGUCACUGCAAGAACAACACGUGUGACCACAUCAGCGGGCGAUGUCCUGAUGGCUGCAUGUCUGGGUGGAUGGGAGAACUGUGCAGUGAAGGUUGCGAGGUCAAUAAGUACGGAGACGACUGCAGCUCCCCCUGCGGUCACUGUAAAGACAAUGUCACGUGUCACCAUGUCAGUGGGGUGUGUCCUGGUGGUUGUGCCUCAGGAUGGACUGGAAACAAUUGUAAAGCAGCAUGUGUUUCUCGAACGUACGGAGAAGAUUGCAGCGCCUCCUGUGGUCACUGUGUAAACAAUGUCACUUGUGAUCCUGUCAACGGGGAAUGUCCUGAUGGUUGUGCUGCUGGAUGGACUGAAAACAGAUGUAACAAAGUCUGCUCGUUUGGAAAGUAUGGACAAAGCUGCAACAAGUCCUGUGGUCAGUGUAGAGACAAUGGAACCUGUCAUCAUGUCAGCGGGAACUGUACUACAGGCUGUGCUGCUGGUUGGACUGGAAACCUGUGCAAUAAAGUCUGCCGUACACAAAAGUAUGGAUUAGGUUGUAAAUCAUCUUGUGGUCACUGUCAAAAUAAAAAGACAUGUCACCCUGUCAGUGGGGUUUGUCCUGACGGCUGUGCUGCAGGAUGGACUGGAAUGUUGUGUAACACAAAAUGCAGUGCUGGAAGAUAUGGAAGAAACUGCGAUCUGUCCUGUGGUCACUGUCAAGACAACGCUACAUGUAGUCGUACCAACGGCCGUUGUCGUGGUGGUUGUGCUGCUGGCUGGACUGGGGACAGGUGUAAAAAAGCUUGCAGUAAUAACAAGUUCGGAGUAGACUGCGGGUCAGUGUGUGGUCACUGCAAGAACAACACCACGUGUGACCACAUCAGCGGGCGAUGUCCUGAUGGCUGCAUGUCUGGGUGGAUGGGAGAACUGUGCAGUGAAGGUGUCGUCGUUGACGCAGACAGAACAAUGACAUGCACAGGUGUUUGUGGAAACCUACUUUUGUUGUACCUGGCGGCGACAUGCAAGGUGCAGGGAUUUGAAGAAAAUGUGGCGCUCGGCAAGACCUGCUUACAAAGUACCUUCGCCUCCUUCGACAUGCUCAGACCGUGCAACGCUGUCAACAACAACACGGAUGGCACCCGAACCGACGACAACUGCAUCCGCACCAGCACCAGCGACGACUCCAAUUGGUGGGAGGUGGACUUGGGGCAAGUGUACCCGGUACUGAAUAUUACUCUCUUCGGCCGAACUGGCUAUGAGAAACAUCUCGAAGGAACGGUUAUUACGGUGGACGGGCAACAAUGCACCAGAAUCCCGGAAGUGACGUCAAGGGAGCUGCACGUCAGCUGCAGCAAGUCGCUGUACGGCAGGAAAGUCCGGAUCACCAAACAGUCUCCUGGCAACCUCAUGAUGUGCGAGUUCCAAGUGUGGGUGUGUCCCAGUGGCAAGUAUGGAGGGCAUUGCGACAGGUCAUGUGGAAAAUGUCAUGCGAAUCAUGCGUGCGACAGGUUGACAGGCAUCUGUGGCAGCUGCUCCAGCGGAUACACGGGGCCCUUGUGCACCGAAACUUGCAGCUCUGGAAUGUACGGAGCUGACUGCCGGGAACAUUGCGGCCGCUGUGUAGACAGUAACACCUGUAAUAUGUACGACGGCAGGUGUGAGACAGGGUGUGCACCCGGACAUCAACCCCCGCUGUGCAAAGCUUGCAGUAAUAACACGUUUGGAGUAGACUGCGGGUCAGUGUGUGGUCACUGCAAGAACAACACCACGUGUGACCACAUCAGCGGGCGAUGUCCUGAUGGCUGCAUGUCUGGGUGGAUGGGAGAACUGUGCAGUGAAGAAAAUGUGGCGCUCGGCAAGACCUGCCUCCAAAGUACCUUCGCCUCCUUCGACAUGCUCAGACCGUGCAACGCUGUCAACGACAACACGGAUGGCACCCGAACCGACGACAACUGCAUCCGCACCAGCACCAGCGACGACUCCAAUUGGUGGGAGGUGGACUUGUGGCAAGUGUACCCGGUACUGAAUAUUACUCUCUUCGGCCGAACUGGCUUUGAGAAACAUCUCGAAGGAACGGUUAUUACGGUGGACGGGCAACAAUGCACCAGAAUCCCGGAAGUGACGUCAAGGGAGCUGCACGUCAGCUGCAGCAAGUCGCUGUACGGCAGGAAAGUCCGGAUCACCAAAGAGUCUCCUGGCAACCUCAUGAUGUGCGAGUUCCAAGUGUGGGUGUGUCCCAGUGGCAAGUAUGGAGGGCAUUGCGACAGGUCAUGUGGAAAAUGUCAUGCGAAUCAUGCGUGCGACAGGUUGACAGGCAUCUGUGGCAGCUGCUCCAGCGGAUACACGGGGCCCUUGUGCAACGAAGCUUGCAGCUCUGGCAUGUACGGACCUGACUGCCGGGAACAUUGCGGCCGCUGUGUAGACAGUAACACCUGUAAUAUGUACGACGGCAGGUGUGAGACAGGGUGUGCACCCGGACAUCAACCCCCGCUGUGCAAAGCUUGCAGUAAUAACACGUUCGGAGUAGACUGCGGGUCAGUGUGUGGUCACUGCAACAACAACAUCACGUGUGACCACAUCAGCGGGCGAUGUCCUGAUGGCUGCAUGUCUGGGUGGAUGGGAGAACUGUGCAGUGAAGAAAAUGUGGCGCUCGGCAAGACCUGCUUACAAAGUACCUUCUCCUCCUUCGACAUGCGCAGACCGUGCAACGCUGUCAACAACAACAUUGAUGGCACCCGAACCGACGACAACUGCAUCCGCACCAGCAUCAGCGACGACUCCAAUUGGUGGGAGGUGGACUUGUGGCAAGUGUACCCGGUACUGAAUAUUACUCUCUUCGGCCGAACUGGCUAUGAGAAACAUCUCGAAGGAACGGUUAUUACGGUGGACGGGCAACAAUGCACCAGAAUCCCGGAAGUGACGUCAAGGGAGCUGCACGUCAGCUGCAGCAAGUCGCUGUACGGCAGGAAAGUCCGGAUCACCAAAGAGUCUCCUGGCAACCUCAUGAUGUGCGAGUUCCAAGUGUGGGUGUGUCCCAUUGGCAAGUAUGGAGGGCAUUGCGACAGGUCAUGUGGAAAAUGUCAUGCGAAUCAUGCGUGCGACAGGAUGACAGGCAUCUGUGGCAGCUGCUCCAGCGGAUACACGGGGCCCUUGUGCACCGAAACUUGCAGCUCUGGCAUGUACGGACCUGACUGCCGGGAACAUUGCGGCCGCUGUGUAGACAGUAACACCUGUAAUAUGUACGACGGCAGGUGUGAGACAGGGUGUGCACCCGGACAUCAACCACCGCUGUGCAAAGCUUGCAGUAAUAACACGUUCGGAGUAGACUGCGGGUCAGUGUGUGGUCACUGCAAGAACAACAACACGUGUGACCACAUCAGCGGGCGAUGUCCUGAUGGCUGCAUGUCUGGGUGGAUGGGAGAACUGUGCAGUGAAGAAAAUGUGGCGCUCGGCAAGACCUGCCUCCAAAGUACCUUCUCCUCCUUCGACAUGCGCAGACCGUGCAACGCUGUCAACAACAACACGGAUGGCACCCGAACCGACGACAACUGCAUCCGCACCAGCAUCAGCGACGACUCCAAUUGGUGGGAGGUGGACUUGUGGCAAGUGUACCCGGUACUGAAUAUUACUCUCUUCGGCCGAACUGGCUAUGAGAAACAUCUCGAAGGAACGGUUAUUACGGUGGACGGGCAACAAUGCACCAGAAUCCCGGAAGUGACGUCAAGGGAGCUGCACGUCAGCUGCAGCAAGUCGCUGUACGGCAGGAAAGUCCGGAUCACCAAAGAGUCUCCUGGCAACCUCAUGAUGUGCGAGUUCCAAGUGUGGGUGUGUCCCAUUGGCAAGUAUGGAGAGCAUUGCGACAGGUCAUGUGGAAAAUGUCAUGCGAAUCAUGCGUGCGACAGGUUGACAGGCAUCUGUGGCAGCUGCUCCAGCGGAUACACGGGGCCCUUGUGCACCGAAACUUGCAGCUCUGGCAUGUACGGAGCUGACUGCCGGGAACAUUGCGGCCGCUGUGUAGACAGUAACACCUGUAAUAUGUACGACGGCAGGUGUGAGACAGGGUGUGCACCCGGACAUCAACCCCCGCUGUGCAAAGCUAGCAUCCCUGUAUCACUUGUAUCAGCUUGCAUCACUGGAUUCUACGGAGCCAACUGCAGCAGGCCAUGUGGCCACUGCUCUGAGGGAACAUGUCACAGUGUGUCAGGGGAGUGUCCAAGUGGAUGUACAACCGGAUAUCAGGGCACACACUGUAGUGAAUUUUGCAGUAAUAACAAGUUCGGAGUAGACUGCGGGUCAGUGUGUGGUCACUGCAACAACAACAACAACACGUGUGACCACAUCAGCGGGCGAUGUCCUGAUGGCUGCAUGUCUGGGUGGAUGGGAGAACUGUGCAGUGAAGGUUGCGAGGUUAACAAGUACGGGGACAAGUGCAGCUCAUCCUGCGGUCACUGUAAAGACAAUGUCACGUGUCACCACGUCAGUGGGGAGUGUCCUGGCGGAUGUGCCUCAGGAUGGACUGGAAACAAUUGUAACGCAGCCUGUGUUUCUCAAACGUACGGAGAAGAUUGCAGCGCCUCCUGUGGUCACUGUGUAAACAAUGUCACUUGUGAUCCUGUCAACGGGGAAUGUCCUGAUGGUUGUGCUGCUGGAUGGACUGAAAACAGAUGUAACAAAGUCUGCUCGUUUGGAAAGUACGGACAAAGCUGCAACAAGUCGUGUGGUCAGUGUAGAGACAAUGGGACCUGUCACCAUGUCAGCGGGAACUGUACUACAGGUUGUGCUGCUGGUUGGACUGGAAGACUGUGUAUCUGCCGUGCACAAAAGUAUGGAUUAGGUUGUAAAUCAUCUUGUGGCCACUGUCAACAUGGAAAGACAUGUCACCAUGUCAGCGGGGUUUGUGCUGGCGGCUGUGCAGCAGGAUGGACUGGAAUGUUGUGUGACACAAAAUGCAGCGCUGGAAGAUAUGGAAAAAACUGCGAUCGGUCCUGUGGUCACUGUAAAGACAACGCCACUUGUAGUCGUACCAACGGCCGUUGUCGUGGUGGCUGUGCUGCUGGCUGGACUGGGGUCAGGUGUAAAAAAGUCUGCCGUACACAAAAGUAUGGAGUAGGUUGUAAAUCAUCUUGUGGCCACUGUCAACAUAAAAAGACAUGUCACCAUGUCAGUGGGGUGUGUCCUGACGGCUGUGCAGCAGGAUGGACUGGAAUCCUGUGUGACACAAAAUUCAGCGCUGGAAGAUAUGGAAGUAGCCGCGAUCUGUCCUGUGGUCACUGUAAAGACAAGGCUACUUGUAGUCGUACCAACGGCCGUUGUCGUGGUGGCUGUGCUGCUGGCUGGACUGGGGACAGGUGUAAAAAAGUCUGUCUAAGCGGGAAAUUUGGAGAAGACUGCAGGAAAUCCUGUGGUCACUGUAAAGACAAUGCUCCUUGUAACCAUGUCAACGGACACUGUCCGAGUGGCUGUGCUGCAGGAUGGACUGGAAAACAAUGUCAACAAGCUGCUCAUCGUGGUAAAAGUCAUCAAGUUUAAGGACAGGACUGAGGUGUAAAACUACUACUACAACAACAUCCUGCCGAUACCUGACUAACAUUGGUUCGACAUCAAAUGAGCAAGGUGAUAGGAUGUGACUGACUGCCUUCAACCACAAGAAAAUCUUGGAAUUUAUCUUUACUUUUACUUUACUUUUUUUUCUGUUACUUUACAUAUCUGUAAAGUCGCAGCAGCUUCUACUACUUCCCUCUACUGCAUCGGUCUUCUGAUGUACUUCACUUGGAGGGCUUGAUAAGACCAUUUGAAUGCAUAUUUCAUUACAAUUUAUCAAUAAUCAUAUGUACUGGUUGUUUAUAGCAAGUGUAAAUAAGAUCUAAUAUUUCAUCAAAUCCUUAAACAUGUGUAUUCCGACUGUUGGUAUUCCGAAGUGUUGUUCUUUGCUUCUUGGAUAAUAUACAUGUGCUUUACGAGGGUCGUUUGGAAAGUUUUAAGCAGAAUCAAGACAGUUUUUCCCAAUUUUUCUUAAUAGUCCCCUUUAACAUUGAUGCACAUAAUCCAAGAUGGUCAAGCACUGCAAUGCCAUCAUGGAAGAAGAUGGCGUCCUUGCCCUCCAGCAAUUCGACAACACACACGACCUCAUCAUUGUUUCCAAAAUGGCGACCAGGUAGGUGGGAUCUGAGUUUAGGAAACAGGUAGAAUUUAGAUGGAGCUAACACAUUGUGAACGGGCGCGUUACCUGGAGAAAGAUCACACUUGGCCUCAGCUUUCCUCUGCUUUUCCACUUCACUGGUUCCUUCAGUGAUGCAUGGUACAGUCUAUCAAUAUUUCUCCCUGUCCCAGGUAGUCUAAUCGGAAUCCAAAAGAAACAGAAGCCAUCACCUUGCCAGCCGACACUGCCUACUUAAACUACUCCGGGGGUUGAGCACCACGUGCUUUCACUGUUUUCUUUGAAUCUUUGAUUCAGGUUCGAAGUGAUGAACCGAGGUUUCUUCUUGAUUUGCUAGAUGAUUUUCUUCUUUUUUGGGUGAGGCUUAGAAAUUUUGAAACGACCCUCGUAUAUUUGGUAUUUCAAAUGCACUUGAUUGUUAUGUUAAUACACAAUAUUUAUUCUUUGUAAGAGGGAAAAAAUGAUUCUGGAUUUUAUGGCUGAAUAAAAUAAAACUUUUCUACAACCA